CGGUUGCGUCAAGAGCUCGCGACUCGAUCCAAUCCAAACCCUAAUGAAGUGAAAAUUCGAGUCAAAGUUAGCAGCCAUUUUAUGCAGUUGUUGUGUUUUUACGAGCCGAAAUCGCGAAGUGGUUUCCCGUCGUCUCAUAAUUCGUUGAUAGUAGGCCGUGGGGAAGGAGUGUUUGUGAGAUAGGACAGAGAAAGGAACGUUGAAAUGAAUUCGAAAAAAGUGUGUUGACAUAGGACGAUUAUCCAGACAUUCGUGUCCUCCGCUGUUGCAACCGAGAAUCAACUUGGUGCUUAAGGCGGAGCGUUAACACUAAAUUCGGAGCCCUGGAAGGUUUAAAAGUCCAAACCAUGGGCAACAAUGCCGCUACGGCGAACAAAAAGGUCGAUUCCGCGGAGAGUGUCAAAGAAUUCCUCGACCAGGCCAAGGAGGACUUCGAGGAAAAGUGGAAGAGAAACCCGACGAACACGGCCAGCUUGGACGAUUUCGAGCGGAUCAAGACUCUAGGAACGGGCUCUUUCGGCCGGGUCAUGAUAGUGCAACACAAACCCACCAAGGAGUACUACGCCAUGAAAAUCCUCGACAAACAGAAAGUCGUCAAACUGAAGCAGGUGGAGCACACCCUGAAUGAGAAACGCAUCCUACAAGCCAUAAGUUUCCCCUUCCUCGUCAGUUUGAAGUUCCAUUUCAAAGACAAUUCGAAUCUGUAUAUGGUGUUGGAGUACGUGCCGGGCGGAGAGAUGUUUUCGCAUCUCCGAAAGGUGGGAAGGUUCUCCGAACCGCACUCUCGAUUCUACGCAGCUCAAAUCGUCCUGGCGUUCGAAUACCUACACUACCUAGAUCUGAUCUAUCGGGAUCUGAAACCGGAGAAUCUGCUAAUUGAUUCCCAGGGCUACCUCAAAGUAACCGACUUUGGCUUCGCCAAGCGGGUCAAGGGGCGCACUUGGACUCUCUGCGGCACUCCCGAGUACCUAGCCCCUGAAAUCAUCCUCAGCAAGGGCUACAACAAGGCUGUUGACUGGUGGGCGCUGGGAGUCCUGGUUUAUGAGAUGGCAGCUGGUUAUCCACCAUUCUUUGCAGAUCAGCCCAUUCAGAUCUAUGAGAAAAUUGUUUCGGGAAAGGUACGCUUCCCGUCCCACUUCGGUUCCGACCUGAAAGAUCUGCUACGUAAUCUGCUGCAAGUCGACCUGACCAAACGCUACGGCAAUCUGAAGGCGGGUGUCAAUGACAUCAAAGGUCACAAGUGGUUCGCGUCCACCGACUGGAUAUCCAUCUUCCAGAAGAAGGUGGAGGCUCCGUUCAUCCCGCGUUGCAAGGGCCCCGGUGACACCAGCAACUUUGACGACUACGAGGAGGAGGCCCUACGCAUAUCGUCUACGGAAAAGUGCGCCAAGGAGUUCGCCGAAUUCUGAAUCGGUCUCGGGUCGCCUGUAAGUAGCCUUGCCACUUUAACGGGCCGAUAGCGGCCCGCCGUCGAUCGGGGCUCUUCCAUUGUCGGUUGCGUGCUUGUCCGAUCGGACCUCUGCACCGCCAACCGCAGUUCAUCGCCGCUGAAGUGGCUUUUGUGUCGAAUAGGUAGAAUAGGUUUGAUGUGUGAUGGAGAUUUUUAGCGUAUGAUUUAUUGUAUUUUUUAUUUAUUAGAAGUUAUUGUAUAUAUUGUAUAAUAGCCGGUGAAGAGUGCACUAUUUACAUUAAAUAGUGCGCGCAAAUCAGUUUCAAUUCUCGCCCCGGUGCAGAGGGGCCGAUCACGUAAGUAUAGGAGUUAAGCAUUACCUAGUAUGAAACAAUCGUUGUAGUGAUUAAUAUUAGGUAUGAAGACGUUAGGCUAUCAUACAGCUGCCUCAGAGAGCUUCAACUUCCAUAAUGUUUUUUGUCCAUAUCAAAUAUUUUAAAAGUAAUUCUCCUGUUAUUGUUGAGCUGGCAAGUAAUUCGCGUUUCGCUUCUUUGUACUAGUCAAUUUUUUUUUGUAUGGAUCCAGCAGCAACGUGAUAUUUACCUGUUGUUUUCGCUCCUGUUUGUUGAUGUUGUUACACACCUUGUUGAAAAUUUCUUGGUGACGCCCCUGUAUCUUUUCGAAACUUUCCAAAUUGGAUAUUCAUUGCC